UUUAAGAAACGCAUCCAAUCAAAUUCGUCUCUCACUCAACCUCUCUUUCCUACUAUUUCCCAGUUCCUUUCUUCACCUAACCCACCACUCUUUCCUCUUAUAUUUAUCAAUCCCCCAAUUCCCACGAAUUAAAAUCCUUCUUCCUCCUCGGUUUACGACGGUUGGGGCUGUUCUCCAACUUUUAUUUGUUUAUUUUUGUAUAUUUUAUUUUUCUUUCAGAUUUUGGCAACUGAAAGUAAACGCAUAUCUUGGAUGCCGAUUGGAGCUCUUUUUCCAUAAACUAGGAUCAAAGGUUUGGUUUUUCUUGGAUUUCGGUUUUUAUAUGUUAUGGGUUUUGGAGAUUAUAAUAUGUUCAAUGGCAUGGAGUGGCUUAUUACAAGAGUAGGUUUGAGCAUGUCGUUGGGUUUGGUUUCAUUGUUUAUUCUUUGUUGUUCAAAGAAAUAAAUGUUUGUUAUGUAAUUGGGUGUGUGUAUAUAUAUAUAUAUAUGCACACAAAAUAUUGGUGGUGGGUUUUGUAAGAAAGUUGGGAAGUUUGAUGCAGUGGUUAGGAAAUUUGUUGUUUGUUAAUGGAUCAGGAGGGGCGUCAGGUAUUACCGGGUCGGGUUUGUGAGAGUUCGAGCAGUUCGGUUAAUGGGGUGGUGUCUGAGGCUGAGGGUGUGAUUUUGGUUAAUUCAGAAGAGAGGGAGACUGUGUGUGUUAAUGAAGGAAAUGGGGGUUUGGAAGUAUUGGGUAGGGUGCUAAUAAAAGAACAAGAAAAUGUAGUCAACCAAGAGGAGAUUGAUCGAGGAAUGAGUGAGAAUUCUAGCAAUUUGGCUGGUGAGGUUGUGUGUGAGACUCUGGUUGUUUUUAAUGCGGAUGAGGCUUUGUGUAUUGGGGGAGAUGAUAUGGGCUCGGGAGCAAGAAGUGAUGAAUUCGGGUCGAGUAAGGUAUCGACAAAAGAGGCGAAGACAAGGGUGUCUGAAUUGGAGAGGAAUGCGUGUGUGAUUGAUGUGAAGUGUGGUAGUGGUAAAGGGUUUGGUGAGAAUUGGGAUGGGGAAAGGGUUUGCAGGAUUUGCCAUUUGAGUUCGGAGCAGUCGUCGGACGGGACACCAGUGGUUACUAGUAAUGCUAAUAUGACUUCAACAACGGAUUUAAUUGAGCUUGGUUGUGGGUGUAAAGAUGAGCUAGGCAUUGCACAUAAUUACUGUGCCGAGACGUGGUUUAAGCUAAAAGGGAACAGAUUGUGUGAAAUUUGUGGUCAAACAGCCAAAAAUAUUACUGGUGUUGGGGGUAACAGAUUCGUGGAGGAAUGGAAUGAAAGGAGAUUUACAGGUGGCAGUAGUAAUUCCUCAAACCGGAGUAGAGGAUGUUGGCGGGGACAGCCAUUUUGUAACUUCCUGAUGGCGUGCCUGGUAAUAGCUUUCGUGCUGCCAUGGUUUUUUCGUGUAAAUAUGUUCUAAUGGGUGUGAAUAAAAAUCCCAAAUAUUCUUCCCGAGUGUCAUCAUUUUUCAUACCUGCAUGUUUUAGCCGGUGCAUCAUACAGUUUCUGGGUGUGACAAAUAGAUACACCUCCUAGUUAUAUAGUCUUCAUAUUUUAUGCCCUGAAGAUUUGAGGCUUCAGAUUAUAGAAGUUGCCACCUUAACAAUU